AAGUAAACAAACACAUCGACACGAUUGUGCGUGCGUACUGUUUACUUCCUGUUCAGCUGUUGAGCAGUGUCAUUGCAUAUGUGAUUCACGUCUUAAUAUAAUCUGUUGUUGUUUCCGUUCGAACACGAUUUGAAAAAUGUUUGGUUUUGGACAUAUGUUCCCGGAGGUGGGUCGGCCCUUCCAGACCACCUACAGAUGCUACUCAGUGACGAUGCUGGGAGACAGAGAGGACGUGGAGAGGGGAGGCAAAAUUAUAAUGCCACCUUCUGCUCUUGACCAGCUCACUCGGCUCAACAUUCAGUACCCUAUGCUGUUCAAACUGACCAAUAAGAAGCAUGGUCGAGAGACGCACUGUGGCGUGCUGGAAUUUGUGGCAGACGAAGGCCGGAUAUACAUCCCUUAUUGGAUGAUGAGAAACCUCCUGUUGGACGAAGGUGGACUGAUACAGAUAGAGAACGUUUCACUCUCGGUCGCUACAUUUGCCAAAUUUCAACCUCAGUCCGUCGAUUUCCUCGACAUCACCAACCCAAAAGCUGUACUUGAAAAUGCUCUGAGAAACUUUGCUUGUUUAACAAAAGCUGAUGUGGUUGCCAUCAAAUACAACGACAAGAUCUAUGAAUUGUGUGUCCUGGAAACCAAGCCCGGUACUGCUGUGUCCAUCAUUGAAUGUGACAUGAACGUGGAUUUUGCCCCACCAGUAGGUUACCAGGAACCACGGCGCCAGAAAAUGGAGGAAUCUCUCAGCACAGACGGGGAGGAAAUGGACACUGGCGCAGAUGAUGUAGACAGUGCCUUCAGAGCUUUCAGUGGUCAAGGUAACCGUCUUGAUGGGAAAAAGAAGGGAACAGACAGCUCAGCCACAGCAUCAAGCAAUGCCCCAGCCAGAGGUAUUCCCAACUACAACUACAAACGUGGGACCCUCACCUUCAUCAGGACGUCCAGGCCAGUUGCUAAUGGAAGUGCAGAUGACAAGGAUGACAAGAACUUUGAAGCCUUCUCAGGAGAGGGUCAGUCGUUACGAAGGAAAGGCAGGAAAUGAUCGCACUGCCAACUGGACAAUUGUUGAUAUUUAUUUCAUUGUACAGAUCAUCCACACAAUGCUUCUGAUUGUUUCGUCAUACCACGACUGAACAGCAGCAUGGGGUCAUAUUGAAGUGAUCUAAUCUACGCUGCCUGUUGGGAUUAAGGUCAAAUUAACCUCAUUCACAGUGAUUGGCUAGAGAUAAAUGGACAUCAUUCCUCAUUAUUGCCAAAUGUUAAAUUCUUUAGGACAUUCAGCAGCACUGGUUUGGCUUAGUGGGUAAUGCCUUGACUGGUCACACCAAGGACAUCAGUUUGAUCCUAACUUGUGUGCAAUGUGUGAAGCCAAGUCUUGGUAUCUGAAACGUAAUGUUAUUUGACUUUUAGUGAAACCCAGGUUAAAAGAGAGUUACCUCCCUUACCCCAGCGCCACCUACUUCCUCCUACUCAAGCAUGGCAAGCAGAUGACAUACAUUGAGUAACAGCAUUUUUAAGCUUUAGUCAUUAUUCUGCAUUGAAUACCGGUUCUCAGAGUUUAAGAUGGAUCAUAAUUUACUAUAAUCAUACAUUUUUUAAUAACUGAUUAGCAACCUUAAGGAAUAUUCUGGGAAAUACAGAGAUUUUUGCACCUGGAACAUAUUUUAAUCAGGCUUCAUUGCUGCUAUUGACAGGCUUCUCAAGGGCUUGAAAAGGCCUCGACUUUUGUUGCCUGUCUUCAAAAGACCUUGACUUCCGCAAUAUGUCUUGAUAUGCAAAUAACAGCAUGAUGUUUGCUUGAUCAAAUACAUAACCUUGUUUUUUGGAGAGGUUUGGGCUUAUGUUUCUAUGAGAAAAUAAGCCUAUGUUUAAAACUAUUGGUAACAGACAAAAUUGCAUCAGAUUAUGAGAAAACUCCACAGGAUGUGAGAUGUUGAUAUUAUUUCAGUGGGUUUCAGGACUUCCAUUCAAUUCUGCGGAAUGUCAAGCACUGGAAAUGAUUUGCAACUGUGUGACUGACACUGGUAUAUGACAAGGCUAUGUUAUUGUUGGGUGUCUGUAAAAUGUACAAUGUGUUCUACAAUCAAAGGAAGAUGAUCAUUUUGUAAAUAAACAUCAUUUGACCUCA